UUGUUACAUGUCAAAAAAUAAUUAAUUUUAUUAUUUAACAAUUUUUAUUUUUAUUUAUUUUUCCGAUCGGAUGAAAGACUAUACGAUGAGUUACGCUGUAUUGGAAUCUGAAAAUCUACCAGAAGUAAUAAAACAAAAACCGAAAUUAACCACCUGCAUAGCAUUGGGGACCGUAACGUUGUUGUUGGUUGCAAUAUCUAUCACCGUUGGUAUUGUCAUUGGUUACGCGUAUUGCUACCUUGAACAUCGAACCGGUUUCAGAUCAGAUAAUCUUACUGAAGCCAAGAGCAUGCAUAGUAUCCAUAUAUCUCACUUAGAAUCCAACGAGCCCCAAGCUAACAGAUCUAUCAACGGGGCAAUCAUGUCCAGCUACCUGGUUUCCAGAAUCUUGAGCUUCGGCCAAGCGAUGCUUCAAGAAGAAAUUUCUUUGCUGCCCUGGUCGCAUCAGGAAUCAAUUAUUUCUAAUGUUGAAAAAUAACUGUUUUGAGAAUAAAUUUGAUUCAAUUUUAGAGGUGCUCGUUCACUAUUAAACUACCUAAGAAGUUGCCGUUCAAAUUUUUAUGUAAUAUUAAUAUAUGUUGUAUGUAUG